UGCGCAGAGAAGAGGCAGAGGCGCAUGAUGGCGUCCAGCGCAGCGACCCGCACCGGCGCCGCCGCCGCUAAAGUCGUGAAACCGAUCUUCAGCCGCGACCUGAACGAGGCCAGACGGAGGGUUCGGGAGCUGUACCGGGCCUGGUACCGGGAGGUGCCGAACGCAGUUCACGUGUUUCAGCUGGACAUCACUCCGCGUCAAGGCCGAGACAAAGUGCGGGAGAUGUUCGACAGGAACAGACACGUGACGGACCCUCGCGUCAUCGACAUGCUGGUCAUCAAGGGCAAGAUGGAGCUGGAGGAAACCAUCAACGUCUGGAAGCAGAAAACUCACGUCAUGCGCUACUUCCACGAGACCGAGGUGCCGCGUCCCACCGACUUCCUCUCCAAAUUCUACCACGGACACGACCCUUGACCUCUGAUAUGUGUGUUGUCAUUUUCUGCUUCUGGACUGUAAAUACACUCGUGCUGAAUCUC